CUGAAGAAACCAGUUUCUAACGAUCCACGAAUGAGUUUCGGCUCGAGAAAUUUACGUCUUUUCAGUAGUAUUUCGUUGCCUCAAUACCUUUAAUCAAGUUUGAGCUCUCUAGUCUGUUUUAUUACACAGUUUCCCUCAAAGAUAACGCAUUUCCAGACGGUUUGCUUGCUCCAAAAGUAUUGAGUGUUCGUGUUUGCGAUUCAUUCAUUAAACGUGACGAAAUGAUUCAUUUUACAAAUAAAUGUCGUGAGAAAAUGCAGUUUGCCAUCGAAUUAUAGUGUAGAAUUAUAUUCACAGAAGCCAUGAGUGGAGCUGAAAAUCGUGCUUUUGAGUUAGAAGAGACUCAUCUGGAAGUUGCGGAGAACAACGAGAAGAAGGAGAAACUCGAAAAUGACACCAGCAUUGCAGAAAAUCAGGAAAACUCUCCGCAGAAAGCAACUUUCUUGGAUAUAUUCUGGUCAUUCUUGGCUAAACACAAGGCCAAAAUCAUCAUUGCCAUUCUCAUCAUACUUAACAUUUUAGUAUUUGUGUACUUUGGCUUCGCAACACACUUUCACGUGGAAUACACAUGCAACGUCGACGGCAAUUGUGAUUUGGGCUGGUGUCACGGUUAUGGAUUCCUCGUCAUUCUCAUGGUGCUGGUCUAUGGUGGUCUUUUCUACUUCCAGGUGAUAAAGCGCUUCUGGGGCCAGGCGAUCUACAAAAGCGUCAUUAAUCCCUUGUCGCAAUUCAUACGAAGUAUCUUCAGAUUGUUGUACGUUCGCGUCGGUGCUGUGAUAAUUGUUUUGGCGGCAUUUGUUGUGUUUCUGGUGUUUGAAACCUCAGACAACCGAAGUAGACUUCGAGGACUUGUAGGAAUAUGCAUUCUUCUAUUGCUCGGCUUUAUAUUCUCCAAGCAUCCUUCCUAUAUAAACUGGCGGCCUGUGAUCAUGGGAAUAAUUCUCCAAUUCCUUUUGGGCCUUUUCUGCAUUAGAUGGGACGUUGGACGCAACAUUUUUGAUUGCAUCGGCGAUAAAGUCGCAACUUUCCUGAAUUAUGCCAAUUAUGGCGCUGAAUUUGUAUACGGCGAAUUUUUGAUUUCUGCAGGAGUUUUCGCUUUCACCGUUCUCACCGUGAUCUUCUUCUUCAGCUUCAUAAUAUCAGUUUUGUACUAUCUCGGCGUGAUGCAGUGGAUUGUGACCAAGCUAGGAUGGCUUCUUCAAGUAGUCCUAGGCACAACAGUUUGCGAGAGUGUUAAUGCGGCAGGAAACAUCUUCUUGGGUCAAACGGAGUCACCUUUGCUUAUUCGGCCGUAUUUGAAGAAAUUGACUCUUUCGGAAAUGCAUGCCAUCAUGACAUCAGGAUUUGCCACUGUCGCGGGAUCAGUUUUGGCAGCCUACAUUUCGUUCGGCGCCAAUCCAGCCUAUCUAAUCACAGCUACAGUCAUGGCAGCUCCUGGAAGUUUAUGCUACUCAAAGCUCCUCUACCCCGAAACUGAGAAGAGCACCACUAGUUCGGACAACAUAGAAAUAGAGAAAACCAGCGAUUCAUCAAUUCUGGACGCUGCCACAAAUGGUGCCGUAACAGCGAUCUCUCUUGUCUUGGGAAUCAUCGCCAAUCUCAUUGCCUUUGUGUCCUUUAUCGCAUUUGUUAACGGAUUGCUGGGAUUUUUCGGGAAUCUCGUUGGUUCUGAGGAUAUCUCACUUGAACUGAUAUUUGGAAAGAUCUUCCUGCCUCUGGCGUGGAUUAUUGGCGUGCCAAAUGAGGAUUGUGAUCGCAUCGGACAAAUUAUUGGCAUUAAGACAGUAGUGAAUGAGUUUGUGGCCUACAAAGCCUUGGGUGAUGCCAUUAGAGAGGGCCAGGAGAAUCCAGACGUUGCUCUGCACCCACGAAGCAUUGCCAUAUGCACUUUCGCGAUUUGCGGCUUCGCCAAUCCCAGUUCUGUAGGCAUCAUGAUUGGAGGUUUGGGCGCCAUGGCGCCUGAGAGACGAUCAGCGAUCACUGCUGUAGCCAUCAGGGCAUUUGUGGCUGGAAGUUUCGUCUGUUUCAUUACAGCCAGCAUUGCUGGGAUUCUAAUGGCAGACAACAUGUUCGUCACAGAGUCAAAUGUAACUGUUAAUGCACAUAAGGUCUACAUGUAAAUCGAUUUGAGACACAUUUUUAAUAAAAGUGUUUAGAUUAGUGUUUCGUACAA